GUCAUAUUGAAUUAAAUGGAUAAUCACCAUGCGUCCAGGAGCCUGGAGGUGCCAUGAACGCGUGAUGGCGCACUGUAUAAUGAGCAAUGUUGAAUUGGAGCCAAUACAAAGCCAUUUUGUGUUAUUUUAGCGUGUUACAUGUGGUUCCAGUUAGAGUAGGGUAAAGUCAACAUGAGCUACAGACGUGUUUUACGCGAAAACUAGUCCAGGCUCCUUUGUUUCAACGCAAUCGGGUCGGGUUGGUCCAAAAUGUCACUUAGGGUAAUUUUACAGGCCUGAGUAUUUAAUCCUGCAGGUAGCAGCGGUGUGUACCAACAGAUUAUCGACUUGUGCUCCGAUUGCAUCCACACCAACUGUCCGUUGAACGUUCAGUGGGGAGAACUGUGAGGUAAACAGGCAGUUUGGCCACCGGGGAGUCCACCGCUCCUCAGCGGUAGUGCAGACACUGCGGUCCCUGCGCUCCGUUCACAAACACUUCUUCGGAGACACUUUGGGCAAAGACGGAGAUCCGAGCUCCAGCCCGGCGGGUGGUGUCUGCUACCCCCGCUCUGAACUGAGUUCGGGCCGCGCUGUGACCGUGCACAGGCCCGGUACUGGCCGCCGGCAGUCAACUGAACUUUUCCGAGACCCAAAGUUGUCAGGCAGCGCAUCUUGCACGCAUGCGCACCGGUGUAUCCAGCUCUAAAUAAGAGUUAAAACAGAAACGAGGUUGGUCAUUUUAGCCCAGCGGGAAUGACUGACACCCCACCCAGUGAUGGCCCCUCGCAGGGAGCGGAGUUUGACAUGAUCGGUGCUCUGGACUGGAAGGAUGGUAUCGCCACGCUGCCCGGCAGUGACAUCCGGUUCCGCAUGACGGAGUUCGGGACCCUUGAGAUCGUCACAAGACCUGGAGUUAAAGGUCAGCAGGCCGAGCCAAACUCUGAGACAUUGGACCCAGCGCCGUCUCACACUCCCACCCCUCCACCUGAGAGCCAAUCACAGAGCGGCACAGCCACGGCCCCGGCCAAUCAGAGUAAGCCGGGAUCAUCUCAAGCUAAAGAAGAGGUCCCAGUAUGGAGGGCCCCAGCGUGGAGGUCGGCCCAGUGUUGAAGUCGGGUCCAUGCAGAGACGGUUCCAAACGGGGAGCUGUCGAGAUGCCGGGCCUGUGGUGUCGCGUUCCCAGAAUGCCCUGAUGCAGGCAAAUUCUGCAGCUCCAUCUGUGCCCAGCCUUCUUUUCAAAGAUCCUCUCCGGGGAAGCUCGGGAAGUCAGGCGGUGAGCGUGAGCGGCUCGGCAAACGUGUCCGCAAAAAGAGGAAGAUCUACAUGGACUCUGGUGACGAAGAGGAAGACAACCAGGAAGAACCAGAGGAAAAGGCCAAGGCUACCAAAGGCAGGAGAGGAGCCAAAAUCGCCAAACUGGUGGCCGCCCAGCCCAAUAAGAAGCGAGCCUGGAGCUGGCCUGCCUACUUAGAGGAGGAGAGGGCCAUCGCUGCUCCAGUCAAACUGUUCAAAGAGCAUCAGUCGUUUCCUCAGAGCAGGAACAGCUUCAAGGUGGGAAUGAAGCUGGAGGGUCUCGACCCGUCUCACCCGUCUCUGUUCUGUGUGCUCACCGUCGCAGAGAUCCAGGGUUACAGAGUGAGGCUGCACUUCGAUGGUUACCCAGAAUGCUACGACUUCUGGGCCAACGCCGACUCCUGGGACCUGAAACCGGCCGGAUGGUGCGAGAAGAACGGACACAAGUUAUUGCUGCCUAAAGGCUGUAAGGACGGCGAGUUUAACUGGAGCAUGUAUGUGAAGAACUGCAGAGGUCAGCUGGCUCCAAAACACCUGUUCAAAAGCCUCAAUACGUCCGUGACUCCGUCUGGAUUCAGAGCCGGGAUGAAACUGGAGGCGGUCGACAGGAAGAACCCUUUGUUGAUCUGUGUGGCAACAAUUGCUGCCGUUGUCGACAACCGCCUGCUCAUUCACUUUGACAACUGGGAUGACACGUAUGAUUACUGGUGUGACGCCAGCAGCCCGUACAUCCAUCCUGUGGGUUACUGUGAAGAGGCCGAGCUAACCCUGACCACUCCAGCUGGUAAGACACAGACCAAGACACACGGGGAAUAUAAAGAACCCAAGAGUUUCUCGUGGGAGAAAUACCUGGAAGAGACGGGGACACAGGCUGCUCCUGCUCGAGCUUUCAAACCGCGACCUCCACAUGGCUUCCAGAUCGGGAUGAAAGUGGAAGCGGUGGACAAGAGGAACCCGAUGCUGAUUCGUGUGGCCAGCAUAAUGGACACCGAGGACCACAGGCUGAAGAUCCACUUUGAUGGCUGGAGUUCAGAGUAUGACUACUGGGUGGAGACCGACUGCCCAGAUUUACACCCUGUAGGCUGGUGUCAGAAAACCGGACACCCACUGCAAUACCCCAAUGGCUCCAGUGAUUUAUUGACCGCCCCAGGACAAGGAUGUCCUACCCCAGGAUGCAACGGGGUCGGACACAUCAGGGGACCUCGCUAUGGGACCCACUACACUCAGGUGAGUUGUCCCUACUCGGAGAUGAAUCUGAACAAGGAGGGUUUGCUGCCGGACCGACUGAGCGGAGAGCGACCCCUGGCCCUCAGCGGCCCUCAUCCUCGCGGUCGACGCCCCGACGCUAAUGCCAACGCCACGACGCCGAGCUCCUCGACGCCGGAGCAGCCCGACGGAGCCGAGGACUCCCACAACAGGAAACCGGUGACAGUGGAAGCAGAGCGCUCGGGACGCAACAGUCAGCUGGAGCCACUGGGUGGAGCCAGCGAGCAAAGCCACAACGGAACGAGGCCUAAACGGACGGCUCCAGUUCCUAAAUAUCUGAAAAUGCACUACGUCAAAGAGGAGAUCGGUGAUGGGAAAGCCUCUCCAGAUGCCAUCUCUCUCCAGCAGGCCCUCCACGAGUCCGUGUUCUCCCCCGGCCUCUCCGCCUCUCCUCCCCAUCGGGUGGCCCUCUGCUGGGACAAACACUGCCAGCUGCUGCCCGAGGUCCUGGGGCUGACUGCCAAGAGAGUGGCCGCUUGGAGUGCCGAGGAGGUGGCCAGUUUCGUCAAAGGACUGCCCGGAUGUAAAGAACACGCUGCUACAUUUAAAACAGAGCAAAUAGACGGCGAGGCCUUCCUGCUGCUCACCCAAGCAGACAUCGUCAAGAUCCUGUCCAUCAAGCUGGGACCCGCCCUGAAGAUCUACAACUCCAUCCUCAUGUUGAAGAACGCCGACGAAGAGUGAGGCGGCGAGGAACCACUGCCUCCUGGCGGGCCGCUCUGCUCCGGCGGCUAAAGACGUUUAAUAAAAUCAGCAAGAACAAGUUUAAUUUGUGCAGCUACACGAGAAAAACAAGCGGAAGCCAUCAUCUCUGAAACGUCCAUCUCUCCUCCCUCUCUCUCUCCACGACAGACGACCCGAGGGGGAGUUUUUCAUGAGGAUUCCAUAUCGUGUUUGUUUACUGAAUCAUUAAAAAAAAAGAAAACUACAGGCACCUUCGAGGCUUCUUAACAUUGUACAGUGUAUGAAUUGGAUUUUGCAUCACUAUUCUGUUUCAUCCGGACUGUCCUGAAACGGUGCUUGCGCUCAGAGCGGACGGAACAAGACGUGUUUGUGUUGCUGUUUACUUGGGAACAGACUCUUUUCUUUUUUUUAAAAAAAAAGAAGCUGCAGAAUACAAUCGUGAGAAGUUUUUAAAUGUGAAACCCAGUGGAGCAGAAGCACUAUGUAGUUCAGCUGUUCUCCUGCAGGGGGAGAAGGUGGGCUGCUCCACUUGCCCAAAGGGCAAAGAGUUGAUUUGGAAUUGGCUGAAGCUUAGCUUGAAUGGGGGGUGGUUAAAACUCUGUGUGUGCAAAUGUGACUUAAGUGUGUUUGAGGAAUGAGGAUUCAAUUUCCUUCCAUCCCAGCGAGUGUUGGAGGGCAGUUUUGUGACAAGGGCUAAUCGUUAAAUCAAGUGCAGUCUUUUAAGGUGGAACGAGACGACGAACCAGCUCUGCUUUCUCGUGGGGGCAGACGACCCACGGAUAUGAAUGUUAAACAACCGCUUUUAAGUUGUUUUGUUGAUCCUGAUCAUCUUGUUCUUGGUUCUAAUAACCUUCUGUCACAGUGUAAAUAGUAUACAGCUACAAACGGACUGAGUUUACUCCUGCUUGGUUAUGCAAAAGGCUUGACAUCCGUCUACAGGGAAGGACGUUGUUGCAGUGAACUGAGGGGAAAAAAAAGAAAAGAAAAAAACGGCCUCAAUUCAUAGAUUUUGGGAAAGAAGAAAAAAACGUUGUCAGUGUCUUUGUAAAUCUGCGUGUACUUCAGCAAGUUGGAAUGUGUACAUCGACGACUGUUUAUAUGCAAACGGCUUUUAUUUAUGUAUUGUAAUUUAAGGGGUAAUGGUACGCUGUUCUGGCUCCUCCGAGGUAGCUGUGGCUGUUUGGUGGAAUGUGUGAAUGGGUGGAAAUAAAUGAGAUGCACACUG